AUGAGCAUCACUUUUAAUAAUUUAUGGCUACUUUUGACAGUGUUAUGCACCGCAGGUAUUCGUGCUCAUCAUGUCUGGAAUGAUUGCUUUGCCGAUGGAAGCUAUCCACCACUAGAAGGUAUACCCGCAUUGUGUGGUGUGGCGGAACAACUUCGAGGUUUACCGGAUACAAUAAGUUCUGCUCUUGUUAAUGUCGCUACUGCUUCGAGUAAAGCAUUUGAAGCAAAGGUACAAGCAGAGGAAGCUGUGGAACUUGCCGAGUCGAAAGGCCUAAACGUUACGAAAGCGAAGGAAGCUGCUGUGAGAGCAACACUCGCUGCUGAAGCUGCGGCUACGGCUGCAAGUAAUGUGGAAAUUAACGCUGCAAAUAUUGCUGCGGUGCCGUGGUCACAAAGGAGACAGGAUGCGGGGUUGCAAAAAGUUGCACUAUGCGACAAUGUGGACAAGGAUGUACGAGAGGCGGCAGCAAAGUGCACAAAGAAAGCGGAGAACGUGACAGCUGAAUCUCUCCGUGCGGCACUAGAAGCGUUGGAGAAUCUUGUUACUGAUGUUAAAUUCCAAGAAAAUUUACGGAAGGAAGAUGUCGAAUUUCACACGGAGCUGAAAUCAUUAGAGGAUCACGUGGAGGAGGCUGUCCGUGCACAAAGACAAGCUGAGGAAGCAGCUGCCGAGGCAAUUAAAAUAGUAGCUGCUGAUGAGGAGGUGAGAGGAUACAAAAAGGAAGAAAUUAAUCAAGUAGCAGGGACAAAAAAAGGUCAUGAGGCAAAUCAAACAACCGGCACAAAUACGGGACCAGUUGUGAAUUCCGUUGCAUCACCUGAAGGGUCAGUGCUGCUACUGAUGGCUGGACUGUUUCUCGGUUCUGUACUGUAA